AUGGCUCUUCUCCGGUGUUGCCUUCGAGUCCAUCUCCAUGACGAUUUUCAGCACCCGACGUAUUUUGUCGGUGGACGGGCGCUCGGAAAGACCCUGUUGAUCUUCGUGGAGAACUGCAACCUCGAUUACAACAUCUGGCCCCUUCAAGUUUGUGUUUGCUGUUCGAUUCAUUUGUGGCGCUUUCCUUACCGCGCUGCAUGA